AUGGAGAAUCUCAAACAUUUGUUGAUAUUAUGUUGUUAUGGAGGUGUUCCGUUUAUCGACUAUGGGCCCGGAACGAACGAAACAGAUGGCAAGUUGGACAUGAGCAAUAUGCUGGACCCCACGGAUUGGAUUGCCGUCGAUUCUUCAGGUGAUUUGAGGGGUACUAGUCACUUAGCUGUAGUUUUUAGAGAAGAUUCAUAUUAGAAAAUAUCAUAAUAUCAAGCGCAAACGUGAUCACUUGAAUUUAUAAGAUUAAAAAAAAUUUUUUUUGAAUUUAGACACAACAAAUUUUAUCUUUGCAAAAAUUUGUUUUGGUUACUGUAUUUUCGAAUAUUUUUGCUUUGAAUUGUGUAAUUACCUUUCGUAUAAAUUUUUGGUUUUCUUUGCAUCGGUACAACUAUAAUAACUAAGCCCUAAUGAAGAUGCAUGUUUGUCAUGCCCUAGAUUAUAGAUCACUCCUGUUGUAUGAGAUGGCCAAAAACAUGUGACUUGCCCAGAAAUAAACACAUCUCAGAAUACUUAUUUUCGGAAAAAAAACUAAAAAGUCCGUCAUUCUGCUGGCAAAAAAUCAAAAAAAGUUACAUGAUUUUUUUUCAAAGAACCUCUAAGACAUCAUAUUCAAUAUUAUUAUCAGGCUCGCUUUUGAACGCCUCCAUUCACCCGGAACUCUUGGCCGAAAACCCUGGCCUGGCCACACUGAUACCCUUGAAUGCAGACAUCCAGCUGGAUUCUUGCGAUCUCUACAACCUCACAUUCAGCAGCAAUGCCGACCAGAAGCUGUUUGACGUCGGCCACGGAACUCUGAAAUGCAGGUCUGUCGCAAAGCCUGAGGGCCGAAAAAAACAAACGGAGAAAGCGGCAUUCGGGGUUUUAUAUUUUUUAUGCCAUGUUUUUCUGGUCGUAAAAAGACGGGAAAAGAAACGAAUUUAAUCGAUGCCAGGGGGUUUCACGGCGGGACGUGAGCGUCGGAACGGCCACAUUGUGAAGGAGUUUUGAUUGAGGCUAGACGGGAUUUUGAGGUCUGUCGAACAUGUGUUAGGAGUUACGAAAUCUUGUCAACUCUGAGUAAUCCAGAUAUUUUUUGAGAUAUAUUUCGGAUUUUUCUCAUCAAUUUUAAGGACCUUUAAGCAUAUAAUUAUUUACUGCAUCUUUUAAAAAAUCCUACUUGAAACCUUGCGAAAUGUCAUCCAAUUACGCAAUAAUGUUAUCAAACCCUCCGGGCCCCCAAAAUCCUCGCAUUUCUCUCCGAAUUCUUCAGUUUUCCGUUUCGGCCGUUCUAAUCCGUUCGUUGGGACAGCGGGUUUUGUACUCCUUUUGUCUCUUCAGGUGUCCACGCAAACAUUUCGGAAGCGCAUGUCAUUUAAACGCCCCUAUUAGUCUCAAACUCACCAUGAAUUCGACGAUUGCGGCGAUUCACAACACGACUAAUGGCAAUCCGUUUGCCGUGGUCAUGCUGAUGUUGAUGUGUUUGAUGGCUGCGAUGGCUGCUGUGUUUAUGGUAGGUUGUGGAUUUUACAUUAGAUGGUUAACCUUCGUAUCUUAUGUCAAGUAUCUCUUUAGUAAGCUAUUUAUAUUGUAUUAUAAUAGGUUACUGGCCGCUUCUAUUGAUGUGAAUUGCAUAAAAGAACUCGAUAUCCCGGCCCUUAGUGUACAUUCGCAUGUCCUGUAACCCGACCCAAUCCUCAAAUUGUACGAUUCUCUUGUUAUUUACUGAUAGUUUUAUUUGUAAUCUUUUGAGUAAAUGCAGGGCGUCUGUGUUCUUUUGUGCUGCGACUCUCCUCAUUUCCUUUCAAGCGUUGGAUUAGACAAAAAAACGCUGGGCAAGUUCAUAACUCACUCCUCUUCGCUUAGUGCCCUCAGGGCUUUAAAUUUUAAAUUACAAAAAAAGGCCGAUUAUUACAGCUGGCGCGAGGUCUUAAGGGUGCGAGAUACCUGCGGGCAUUGACUAAUUAGAGGCAGUUAUCUGGAGGAAUGGAAUCGCCAGUCCCUGAUGUCCAUUAAUGCCCGCAGGGCUUCUUUUCGUAUUUUCGGCUCUUUCUUUUCGUUUUUUGGCCGUUUCUCGUUCCCGUCGCAAAAAACGGAAAAAUGGGCGCAUGGAAUGUCCGAAAGAGGCACGUUGAGAGGACGUGCUGGUGGUCGUUCCCCACCCUCACAUCCCCCCUGAAAUCCAUUGUUUCUGGAGGGAUUUCAUCGCGGUUUUGUUUGUUUUUUGUGAAACUGGGCCGCGAACAAUGGACUAGUCCUCGCUCAUUCUCAAUCGGAGAGCCCGUUCGGAUUGCCUGAGGGUGAAUUGUUUCCGCCAUUUUAGCAGGACAUUCUAUGAGCCCGAUCGGAGGAUGAACGUAACAUCAUUUAUGCAACUUCUUACGUCCCCGUUUCGUUGUAAUGCCCGCCUUCGCGGCCCUUGGCCUCACCUGUUCACGCGAGUCCCAAUCUCAUGUCGAUUCCAAUUUCAUUCGAAACCGGCGGGCAUUAUUUAAAAAGCAUUCCUUGGCUCAUUUUCUUGGACAUUACUUUUUUAAUCGGCGAUUAUGUAAUUACCCGACCUUGGCGUAUGUAAUGUGGCGAGAUGUAAUUUUAUUUCGUUAUAGAUGAUGCGGGCCUGCUUCUGUGAUUGUUUUGGAGGAUUCAAGAGUCCGUUUUCCUCGCGGGAGAGUCAAGAUCUGGAUCCAGAAGCCGUAAAUCGAUGUUUACAGAUGGCCCGCGCCCACGAGGAGCAGGACAAGAGGAAUUAUGUAGGUCUCAAAUCAGUUUUCUCAUCCAAACAUGCUCCCAUGCACAUUAAUUUUUUGAAAUAAUUCUCCACAUUUCAGGGAGAGUCGCGGCAUCCGUUGAUUCCAUCGAUCAGCGAAGGCUGUGCCCCUUACAAUCCACCCGUUUUAUCGGUUGGCCAAUUCGAGGUGGUCCCUCCCCCUCCUCGUCAUUGUUCUCCUCCACCUUCCUAUCGAUCUUCCACCAACAGUUUGGAUCAAAUCCCUUCCCAUAAAUUGUAA